AAGAGGAAGAUCUUAAUUCACUAAGCACAUCGGCAAGCAUAAACCGAGGGUAUUCGUUUCUAUGCAUGGCCGUUAGAUCCAUUCUCACAUGCGCGACCGUUCGUUGCAUUUAGGUUUCCAGAGUUGUGAGUUAUAUAGCUUCCAACUUCCUUGGUUUAUUUUUGCGUGCUACCAAUACCACUCACGCAACGACAAACAGAUGUCCGCAAAAAAAUGAGCUACCAGCUGGGCGGCAGCAGCUCCUCCUCCAGCCCCCGAGACAGGGCUCCUCCACCCCGUCUCGUGGUGAAGCGGAAAUAUGGCGCGAAUGGGCCGUUUUCAGCUGCCUCGUCGUAUACGACUGGUGGGCCCGCAAAAGAACCAGGUGCAGGGUCUUCAACGUCUUCAAAACCUCGCAAGACGACCACCAGCACUCCCCUCUACAACAUGCGUCACGCACCAACGGAUUUCAUCCGUGCACAAGCAAUAAGCGGCAAGAUGAUGUCGACCGAACCAACGCAAAAUUUCUUCUACUUCCCGGAAAAGGACGAGAACGCAACAGCAAACAACAACGGGGGAGAAGAUGGUGCCACCGGGGAACGAAAAGGUGAAACUGCAGCACAGGCCGCACCUGCUGCAUCUUUGCGGAAAUUGGAAGAGGACAUUGCGGCGAAGGAAGCUUCACUGACAGAGGAAAUCGGACAGCUGGAGAUUGACAGUGCGGUCGAUUCUGUGCGGGGAUCUUCAGGGGCGGGUGCUGCUACUAAUACAACGACUGGUGGCGCGGGAGCACCUGCAACUACUACGACCAGAAACUCCAAACUCGCAGACACCGAGACGAUUUACAAUCCAGGAGGAGCGACUACAGUCGUGGGAACCUCGGCAUCCGCUUCUGUCCGAGCAUCACAAAUGGAAACUACCCCCCAGGUUGCGACUCGAGACGCCGCCGCUUCAUCCGCUGGUGUUCCACCCCCUCCUUCCUCUGCAAACGACGACAACUUAGCCUCUCUGCCCCAGCCGAGCAAGCUCAGCGCUGUUUCCGGGAGCAAGAGGAGCGUGGUCACGGCUUCUUCCGCCCCACCGGACAUUGAAGAGUACAUGAAUGUGAACCAAAUUCCGAAUGCGAGGAGCACAAUUUCAGUUUCCGGCGGGAACAAUGCGAGGACCACCAGUAGUUCCGCGAUGUCAGGACCGCAAUCUGGCAAUCCAAUAAAUCCCGGAUCACAGCAGCAACUGCUCCAAUCCAACACGACAUCGGCACAGAACAGUCAGUCUAACGCCGGUCUGGCCGUUCUCUUCAUAUGCGCAGAAAAACACCCAUCCCCACAUCGUCCAGUAUCAGUUUGUCAUGCAAAACCUGCAUGAGAAUCUGUGUUUCUCAUGCAAAAAACGGAUGGCAAGAAUGGGUCUUUUUCUGUGGAUAUUUCCGCAACCACUUCUCCAAACGGGUGAGACAAGAGUUCAUCGCGAAUUGGUCCCAAGUUUUCCCUAGGAAGCAGUCUUUUGACCGGAUUGAUUACGAGAGCUUUGUCUCCGGCUGUAAAAGACUCCAGUACCCGACGUCAAUUAUCCGGAAAACGUUUUUGGCACUGGUCUCCAUGUCGACUAGCAAAAACUACUCGUCUGCCCAGCAAUAUCCGCCUGACGAGGAGAAGUUCCUGCUGAUCCAAGACAUCGCACCGAAACUGCAUUCCAUGCACAAGGAAUUCGCGAGCAAACUGCAGAAGCGGUACGGGACGUUAGACAAGUGUUACCGAGACACUUUGUCUUUCCUCGGGACGACGAAUCACAACACGUUCCAAACCGCGGAGUUCGACCAUUUUUUGAAAUGGUGCAACUCUGUGAACUACCCGCGGAGUCCGGAAGACCGAAAAGCGCUGUACAGCUACAUAGGGCUGGAGAAGGACUGCUGUUACCUGGAUCACUGCUUCCGGAGUGUGAAGCUCGUUACUCGGGGGGAAACGGUAGAAGAAGAUGAGUUUGUGGUGAAAAUUUUACCGGAAUUCUCUCUCGACCAGAUCGGGGCAACGCGGGAGCAGAGGUUGGGCAUCAACGAGAAAAUCAAUCAAUUGAAGCAGACGAACAAGAGAGCGGUGGUCUUAAAACCCGGGAUGAAAGUCGGGCGGAACAGCACGAGCAAAGUGGAGCCGGCUUCUUCGCGUCACAGCAGUCCGAGGAAUUUGGCAACCAGAGGUGGAGCGGCUUCAAUUGGCAGCAGUCGCGCGAGCUCGCCGAGAGUACUAGGUGGUGGUGGAACCUCGAUGUCGCAACAGCAGCUGCAAUCUGGCACGGCGAACAGAGUUGCACCCACUUGGGCGCCGAGAAAUCAGAUGAGCACCCGAAACGCGCAGCAACGCGGGGGAGGGCAUCAAUUCCAGUAUCAAAUGCAAAAAUGUCUGGGUCUGGGAGGAUGGAAUUUGUGAUGCGUCUUUUGGGUCACACAAAUAAAAAUCUGUAUUGCGUGAUCACCCAAAGUUGUCCUUUUUUGACCAACAUGAGCGGGAGUUUCUCAUGCAGGAUACAUAGGCAUGAUAGAGACAUCGCAGAAUCUGUCAUGCUAGGUCCUGCAUUCCAGACCUCAUGGGGCAUGGAAAAUAUGCAUGACAAGUCUGCACUCUUGCAGACCCAGACAUUUUUGCUUUUCAUAUCCAGGACUUCAAUCCAACCCCGCGGUCAAACGAAACGGGGUCAACGCCACGGGUUUUGUCGGGGUUUCCGAAAUUGAGACUGCACGAAAGGCCGCAGAAGGAUAGUUUUGUCGGUAUUUGGAGUUUUAAUUUUUGCCCGCUGCCUACCGUGCAUGGUCUUGCAUGUCCAUUGUAAAUUGUCUUCAUGCAGCAUGUUUAGCACAACUGGAAUCGAAUGGGAACCACAACCAGUGCCAGAUUUCGUGCAAAAAAUAAAUCGCUCACUAUACAGCCGCAUCCGACGAGCUUUACUCCGCCAGACGGUCCGCAAGAGGGCCGAAGGAAGAACCGUACAUUGCGAGAUCCGGAAUGCUCAAGCCGUCUGGUGCAUCACAAAUGUCCGACCAGACUGUCGAGACAGGUCGAACGAGACGAGUUUUCACGACGAAAAGCUUUCUCGAAACGGUGGUCGCGGAAGAGCGGUGGCUGAGCGCACGUAAGAAAUUUUUGAUAUUAUCUUUGAUGUAGUUUGUUAUGCAUAAUCACAUUUCUCUGCAAUUACUCAGCAUGCAUAGUUUUAGUUAAUAGCUUCAGCAUCACAAAUUUCUACUACAUUUUCACAGACGCAGCCAAGACAACCGCAACAGCUGGCACCAUUUUGGCCGCCACUGCUACAGCAGCAGCAGCUGCCGACCCGGCAAGUAAACCUGCUACGCCAACUGGAACAAUUGCUUCCGCAACGACCAGAUCAAGAUCCGCGUCCCCCGCAAAACCAAGCUCAGCAGCGCAGGUCAGUGGCCCCGGGGAAGAGGCAGAAUCGUGGUUGAACGCGGGGAAAGCGAGGCUGAGAAGUAUUCUGGAUUCCAGAUUGGGCAGACUACGGCAGAACCGGUUGGAGGAUGAGGCGGGAUGGAACAACGUGGAAUGUACUUACUAUUAAUUUCUACUGCGCCAGCUUUUAGCAGCACAAGUUCUGACGUGUACUUAUUUGCCGGAUGAAAAAAAAUUGUUUGUCAUGCAAGAGUUCAAAAAUUCCACACCAUCACCAGGUUCCAGCAAACUCUCCGUCCUGAAGCUCGUCGGCCGGUUUAAUGACGUUUUUCUCGAGCGGCCCAUCGAGUCCAAAGCCCUGCAGAAGAUGCAGGAAGCGACGAGGAGUUCUUCUUCCAAUACCGUUUCCCACAAUCUCAACACGACGAAAACAUGGCAGAAAAAGCAGAAAGUUUUGGAUAAAGAGUAUCCUAUGUAAACACGUACCCACGCCAUAGUCAAGAUGGGGAAUCGGCUAGACAAAUCCACAAGCUUUGGCUGUUUCGCAUGACAAAUCUGGACGCGUAGUGUAGUGCUGUUUGAGCUAGUUCAGCAGCACUACAGAUCUAGUCUCUCAUGCUGAUUGGAGCAUGACAAAUUUCAAAACACCAUUACGAAAAUGCUUCUCAUGGGGCUCCGCAUGAGAAACAUUUCAAGCAUGCAGAUUUGCAUGACAACUAUGGUGUGGGGACGUUUUUACACACGAUAAAGAGCUGCUAGAGCGGGAGGAUUCCAUGGCGACUUCCUUCGACAUUGCGAUGCAGGCUGCCAGUCCGGAUGGGCACAAGAUCCGAGACACAAAUGCGAAGGUUGCGAAAUUGGAAACGAAGGCUGCGAAAGAGGGCUUUUAUACGGCAGUGGCGAUGGAAUUACUACGGGUGCACAAUCACAAACUGGAACUGGCGCUGACGCAGAGGAGAAGCGACUUGAAAAGGAUAACCAGCGAGCUGGAGAGCAGACUGAAGUUAGGGGCAAAAAACGGAUUGGGAAGUAUUGAUUGUCCGGCUGCUUGCAGCGAGCUUUGAUGUGUGAUGCAAUACCGAGAAGUAUGCGUGAGAUAAUUUUUCCUGUAACCGUUGAAGAUGACCUUGUCGUGAAUUCGAGAGGCCACUGCAUGGUCGAAUUGGCCUCUCGAUAAAUUAUCGAGAGGCCACUGCCACUACAAACAACAUAUCAAAUCACUUUAUCAGGCAGCAAACUCCGGUACAGUGGAAUCAUUUCCGAGUUCUACGGCACCCUUCGCGUUUGUUUCCACGUGACAGAAAAUUUUGACGAAAAGCUCCUCGGUCCCUGGGUAGUCGAAUGGAUCAGCGGUAUUCUGCAAAGCGGCUAUGCAUUGUGCAAAAGUAUUUGAACUAGUAGUACUUGCAGAACAAUAAAUAUGCUUCAGAAGGAAACUUCGAAUUUGUGGUGCGGAUUCAAGUAAGAAUGCAGAUCUGUCGUGCAAGUACUACCAGUACGAUACUUCUGCAGUGCAUAGCGGAAGCGAUACGAAAGCGACUGCUACAACCGCCGCGAGCCCCAGUGGCACAACAGGAACAGCCGCCGCAAAGAAGCAACCAAAAAUCCUCCGGACUGAGAUCAAAAUCGACGCUGAUAACCCACUCUUGUCGUCCAGAAGACUCUAUGCAUUGCAAAAGGAAAAGUAUCGUACUCGUAUAAAUGCAUUACAAAUUUCCUCAGCAUGAAUAAUCAGAUUUGUCAUGCGGAUUUACCUUAGGAAGAAAAUUUGUAAUGCAUGACUGCAAUUAGAAUUACCACGAGUGCGAUAAUCAUAAAUUGUUUUGCGCAGGAUAGACUCACCGAAGUGAAUUUCUUCUUUCUUUUCCCCACCGAGCAGGAAGCGGAGGUGGCUUGCAGAUUUAAAGCGGAAAAACUCAUCUUCGCCGAGGCAAUCGCGGCGCGGAUGGGCGUGAAGAGGAUCCGGAAUUUGCGGUUCCUGACCGACAAACACCCCUGGUGGAGUUCGGAUAUUGCCAAGACGUUCCGGGCCGGGUGGCUCGAAGCGUUUUGCCCCUUGCGCAAGAAACCGUUUCUGUACCACGUGAAACUCGGACUCAGCACGUGGAUCAAGCAGGAGGAUGGGGACGAAAAACUUCCCGGGGGAGUGAAGAUCAUGACGAAGUUCCGAGAGAAAGAGAAACCGCCCACACUGGCCGCGAUGGUGAAGGGAGAGAAGAGCAAUCUGGAUAUCUUCCCGGUGUCGCACUUGAGAAGGUAUAUUGACAGACGUGGAAAGUUUAAGUUUGGGUUUGUGAUGCAUAACUUGGAAAAGUGAUGCAAUAGCAAUCGCUUUUACUGUUGCCGUCACGCAUGACAAACAUUCUCCUCCUGCAAAAAUCACACAUCAGAAACUGGGAGACCAAGCGUGGCACCGUAGUCCUUGGAGAAAAAAACGCGGCGGAUCCGGACCAAACUGCAAUUCUCGACUUCCUGAAAAUCGUGAAGGUUGUGCGGAGGUUGCGGAAGCUCAUUUGGAAGAAGCGGGCUCUCGAGGAUGGCAAAACCGACGGUCUGCACAUGCACGUGCAGCGCGAGGUGGAAAAUUUUGUCGCUGCGUGGAACAUUUGCAAGGCAACGGGGUUGUUGAAAAAGAACAAGAGGGAUGACGAUGAUGAGCCUAGCGAUAGUGCUGCUGUUGCUCCAAGUGCUUCCUCAAAUACGAAAAACAACUCCAGAAAAACCGCCACCCGCUCCCCGAAUGCGCAGUGGCCCCCGGCGAUCCGGGCGUCUCGGCUGAUCGAUCUGAGUCUGGACGAAACGCAAGUAGCGGAAGAAAUGGACGCGAUGUUGGCCGGGGUAGAUGAGACUGAGCUUCUUGUUGGGGAACUACAACCAGCAUUGCAGCAAGCUGAACAGCAGGAUGGAGCAGGAGGUCCAGGUCAGCAAGACGCUUACAACGACGAUCAGCCGGAUGCUUCCGGUUCCGGUGCUGGAGGAGUAGAGGAUCUUUAUCCGCAGGAAGGAGAAGAAAUUCCUGUGCCGGAACCAACCGACCGACGGUACGAUCCGGGCGACGGGAAUGUCUACACGUUUGAGGAGGUGCAGGAAUUCUACAAGGAUUACGCCAGUCCGGAGGAAAUCCUAUCCACAGAAAAAAAACCAUCCUCAUCCAGUUUUUGCAUGACAAACCAAGGACUUUAUACGUGUUUUGCAUUACAAAUUGGAUGCGGAUGGGCUUCUUUCUGUGGAUAAAUCCUGGCGCAUUGGUACAAGGAAAUGACCGAGGUGGGAGAGUAGGCGAAGCGUCGGUAGUUGAAGAUCAGGGCAGUUAUCACUAACAAUAGAAUGAUGCAGAUAGACCACCACUCGUGGAUUAUUUCCAAGAAAGAGUUAAUAGAUUUGUCACAAAUUGCAGCAAGAGAUAUGCUUCAUCUUGAAGCAAGCAUACAGAGCAAAAGUCUUAUGUUUCAAUUUCAAACUCCAUUUUCAAGAAAGAUCCAAAAUUGCAGGAUGCACCACGAGAAAAAAGUAGAUUUAGAUCAGAACAUAGCUGGACUCCAUGCCAGGACUAGAAAGUCGCACUUUGCUUUUAUUUUUGUGUUGUUUUUACUACUCGUAUUCGGCCAAAUUCUGCGACCAGAAAGCACGUUAUGUAAGAUGAAAAACCGAGGCAUUGUGCGAUUAGCAACUGAGAAGCUGAAGCAGAAAAGAAAA